UAAACACCAGGGCCAAAAGAAGAAAAAACACUAAAGAUUCUUAAAAACAGAUGCUAAUGAAACAAAAAACCAGCCAACUUUACAUUUUCCGAUGCCAAUAAAACCAAAAGCACUGAUCAUAGCUGUGUAGUUUUCCAAAACAGCUGUAACUUAAAAUCAGAAAAUCUCGAAAAAAACAAAGAUGAAAUCUGGAAAGAAUCAUCAUGAGGAAGAAGAAGAGAAUGAGUAUGAUGUUGGUUCUAACAGAGAUGCUACACCUUCCAGUAACAGUACCAAAGUGACAGACGGGAAGAACAUUGACAAGGCAAAUGCAAUUAGGUCAAAGCAUUCAGAAACAGAGAAGCGUCGGAGGAGUAAGAUCAAUGAGAGAUUUCAGAUGUUGAGAAAUUUGAUGCCCCAGACUGAGCAAAAACGAGAUAAUGCGUCAUUCUUGUUAGAGGUAAUUCAAUACGUACAGUAUUUACAGGAGACAGUGCAGAAGUAUGAAGGAUCGAAUCAACCUUUGAGCUCGGCGCCUUCAAAACUUAUGCCAUGGAGAAACAGUCAGUGGUGUGCACAGAGUUAUCCGGCAAACCCUCAAGCCUUGAAGAAUGGUAUUGACUCAGGACCAACAUAUUCUGGAUGGUUUGAUGAGAAUCUUUUAACCGACACUUCAUCUAUUCAAGCAAACCAGCAGAAUCCACUUGAAUCUCAUCCUGGUGGUGAUGUUUCCUAUAGAUCAAUGGAUACAGAAAAGGAUCUAGUUAGCAGGGCAAUUGCAACAUCGAUGCCUACUCCGACCACUAUGCCAGUCCCUGUUCAAAGCGAUAGUGCCUUCUCUGACUUGCUACCCACACCUGCUUCUAAUGUAUGGCCCAGCGCCACGAAUGCUCUGAAUAAUCAGGAGUUCGUGAUAGAAGACGGCACAAUUAGCAUUUCAAAUACUUACUCUAAAGCGUUACUUGAUUCGUUCACACAAGCGCUAGAAACUUCUGGUCUUGUUCUUUCACAGGCAACUCUAUCAGUGCAGAUUAAGAUAGGGAAGCAGCCAUUGAAGGGAAUGGGCUUGGGGCCAUCUGUUGCUAAGGAUACAGAAAAUCCUCCACCUGCUGGCGAUCAAUUUAUGGAGGAAUCUAAGGAUACAAACAAUGAUGAAGAGUUGGAGCGAGCUCAAAAGAGGCUGAAGAAAUAGAUGCAACUAUAGCAUGGCAAUACCAGGUCUAAUCAACUCAAGUUUGCAUCACCUCCACCUAAAUCAUCAGUUGAGUGUAUAGCCAUGUAGUUUAUAUCUCAUUCAAGUAUUUAUCGUAUGUUCUAGCAAUGUGUUCUUUCAUCUUCCUUGUCUGUAGUUAAAAACGGAUUUUACAUGUUCCGAGUCUAAAGUCAAAAUUUAUAUUUAGAAGCACAUGUUGGAAUGCUAUGUUAUGCUACAAAUUUCUUGUUUUAAGCCAUGUAUCUUGCUCUCUAUGCUAGUAAUUUUUGGAAUUUAAUCUAAUGUAUGUCAAUGUAGAAUCUAAGUUGGUUCAAAUUAGUAGGCAUACCUUGCAAUGUUUAGUUCAAAACUAGAAACUGGACGGUCGAUAGUUCUUGUUUGAUUUUAAAACUUAACCUCGAUAGAUGUUUAACAGGGGAAUGUUCUCAACAAAAUAUGGUAGCAUGACUUAUGGUAGCAUGACUUAAUAGAAUGUCCGUGGGAAACGCCAAAGAAGGCUUUCAGUUGCUUCAAACAAGGCAACCUAACCGGCUUUUCUUACCCUUGGAAGGAAAAAAACAGUUUUCCCCACAAUGCAGUUUGCAUUCUCUUCAACUUACAAACAACAACAUAUCCUAUGUAUCCUCACAAGUGGGAUUUGGAAAGGAUAGAGUGUACACAUACUUUAUCCCUACCUCACUAUCAAGAAAUCAUUAUUUUACCAUUGAAUUUCUCACUAAAAAAUGUUCAGUGGCUAUUCCCACAGAUAUUUUUAUUGAAUCAAUGGGAAAAGAAAAAAUAGUAGUUGUUUUCACUAGAAAAAAAAUUAGGAAGCUCCCCAAUGUUCCCACCAUGCAUUUUCCUAGUGAGCUGGUUUGGUGGGAACUGGGUGGGAAAAUUAUUUUUGAUAACACAAAUUCCCACUGAUUUGUUGUAUAAGAAAAACCUUUGUAUCUGAUAGUGCCUCUUUAACUUACUGGGAUGAAAAAUUUUCGGGUUUGAAUAAUCCUAAACAUCUCCUCUCUAAUGUUGAAGUAGUUGAUAGGAUGGAUGAAUCGGUUCAAUACAGUGUCUCGUAGAGGAAAGCAUCCCCUAGAAAAAAAAUUGGGAGAUGAAUUUUUGGGGAUUAUUUCUCCGUGGGAGUUGGUUCCUAGAGUUAAAAUCUUGAUCAUUUGGUGAUUUUUAUAGUGAAGCACAUGAAACAAAUUGUAUUUUUCGACGACUAGAUCAAAUCCAGAAACAAUUAGACCCCAUUUGUCUAGAUAUCUCAAAGAGAAUGGCAAGACUUUUAUUUCCUUGUGGCAACAUUAUAUCAGUAAACUUUUGUAGCUUCAUAGUACUUAACACAAACAAGGUUGUUGCAAUGAUUUAAAUAGGUAAUUAUCUCUGAUCUUGUGUCAGAAUAAUAAUAAUGAGGCGUGAGCCGUAAAUAUUUGAGUUGAAUUCCAAAAUUCUUUAACAUAGUAGAAAUUUAUGGUGGAUGAGAAAAAAAAGAUACCCAAAUUAAAUACAGUGAUCGUUGAAUAUUGGCGUUUUCAGUUUAAUUAAAAUAUGCAUUAUCUUGGUAAUAUAUUAAAGUGAUAUUCACGAAUUCAAGAUCAUAUUCUUACUUUUAUAAAGCUAAAUCUUAACCAUAAUUUCAAGUUGUAUAGGAGAUUGGGGGAGUUUGCAAAGAAUUAUUUAUUAGUGUAAAUUCUUUACCUUUUUAUAUACUCGUUGUAUAUGGCAUACAUUCUGGCCAUGUUUAUGAUUGAAUAUACAUUUAUCUGAUCCAGAAAAAAGAAAAAAAAAUCUUAACCACGAAAUAGUAUAAACAUGAAUGAAAUAUGACAAAAACAAAAGCAUCAAAACAAUCUUUCAAGUUUAUAAUAACAUGAUGUCUACAACAACAGAUAAAAAUAAUAAUAAUAGUAAAAGAGUUACAAAAUUUUGGAUUUUAUGAAAUAUUAUCAAAACGUAAGCUCGCUUUAUUCAGUUUUUUACCGUCCGAUUUUCGAUUAAUGCUUUCUUCACGUUCGAUCCUUAAUUUAAGCUUCAUGUUGGGCUUCUUUUUGUUAAUAUUCAUAUCUAAUUGCAUUAAUAAUUUGUAAUUUCCCACCAUCUUCAAAAAAUUUGGUAUUGUAAGUACAAACACAAACUCUUGGAGGGUCGACUGUACGCAAACUUUACCUUUACCUCAGAUGUGUAGAGAAGUUGUUUCCGAUAGACCUUCGGCUCAAGACAAAAAUAGCCCAUAAUGAAAGUACAAGAGACAAUAGAUAGUAACAGAAACAACAUGUAGUAGUAUAAAUAUAUAGUAACAAAAAUCGGAGAACAAGGAACUACGAGAGUAGUCCUUUGACUACUAUUAAGGCCAACUAGAUAAUGCACUCUUGCAGCUACUAGUAUGGAUGCAUUCCUACCGCCUAAUCUUCUAUUCUAAUUUUUGUCUUUCACGCCUUCUUAUCUAAGGUCAUGUCAUCGGUAAGCUUCACUACGUCAUGUCCAAUCUAAUCACCUCUCCUCAAAAAAAUUUUGGUUUACCUCUACCUCUUUUGAAUCCAUCCAUAUUCAACCUCACCCCUCCGCAUUGGGGAAUCCGUGCAUCUUCUCACCGCAUGCACGAAUCAUCUCAACCUCGCUUUCUACGUUUUAUCUUCCACCGAUGUUACCUCCACUUUGUCUCAGAUAUCCUCAUUUUUUAUUCGAUCUAUCCUAAUAUUCUUCAAAUUUAGUAAAAUUGAAGAAUAAUGAGGAUGAUCCUGUGGGGUCGAAACUUGAUAUUUCCCUGAAUGAACAAACAUUAUCAAUUGCACUCUAUGGAGUAAAACCAAAAAGACGGUAACUAAUAGGCAUAGCCUUGAUCGAGUUGUUGAGCUUUAAUUGUUAAUUAAACGUUAAAGUUUUCCACGUUUUCUAUUCCUAAACAAAUUCAAUACCAUACUUAGCCAACUUCUUCUGCUAAAUAAGAAAGAAAUAUAUAUAUAUAUAUAUAUAUAUAUAUAUAUAUAUAUAUAUAUAUAUAUAAAAAGUACAUGUUUUAGUAGCACGUUUGAAAGAAGAAACAAAUCUCCCACCCCUAAAAAGUGAGGCAAAACCUUGAAGUUCAUGGUUAAAAUCGUGGCAGAAAUAGAAAACGUGGAAAGCUUUAAGGUUUAAGCUUCAACUUGAUCAAGACUAUGGUUAUACAAUCUUUUUGGUUUUACUCAACAGUGUGCAAUUAAUAAUAUUUGUUCAUAUGGGGAAAUAUCAAGUUUUAAUUUCAAAGGAUCAUCCUCAUUAUUCUUCACUUUUACCAAAUUUGAAGAAUAUUAAGUGAGGUAGGAUAAAAAAUGGGGAUAUCUGAGACAAGAUGGGAGUGACUUCAAUGGAGGACAAGAUGCAGGAAAUAAGGUUGAGAUGAUUCGGGCAUGUGAUGAAAAGAUGCGGAGGGGUGAGAUGAGAGGUUGGCUAUGGAUGGAUUCAAAAGAGGUAGAGAUAGACCGAAAAAGUAGUGGGGAUAGGUGAUUAGAUAGGACAUGGCGUACAUGACCUUAGAUAAGAAGGUUUUGGAGGACACGAAUCGGGAUAGAAGGUUAAUAGGUAGGAUUGUGUCCACACUAAUAGGCAAGAGUGCAUUAUCUAGUGGGCCUCAAUAGUAGUCAUAGGACUAAUCUCAUAGUUCUUUGUUCUUCGAUUUUUCUACUAUCUAUUGUCUUGUGUAGCCUGGUUAUAGUAUUAUUUUGCUGCUAUACUGUUCUAUUACUAUAUGUUGUUUUUGUUACUAUCUAUAGUCUCUUGUACUUCCAUUAUGGAGUACUUUUGUUUUGAACCGAGGGUCUACCGAAAACUUCAGUGAGGUAGAGGUAAGUCUGCAUACACUCUAUCUUCCCCAGACCCCACUUAGUGUAACUACAUUGGGUAUGUUGUUGAAAAAUUUGUACCCGCGAGUUGACUUGGCUGAGCUUGAUCUAUGUAAUUCAAUUACAACUCUACUUUUCCUUUUGUGAUACCUUUCUAUAUCAAGAGUUUGUCGUUGUACUUAUAAUACCAAAUUUUCUGAAGAUGUUGGUGGGAAUUACAAAUUAUUAGUGCAAUUUGAUAUGAAUAUUAACAAAAAAAAAGCCCAUCAUAAAGCUUAAAUUGAGGAUCUAAAAUGACUACAUCAUUAAUUCAAAAUCGAACCGUAAAAAACUUAACAAAGCGAGCUUAUGGUUUGAUAAUAUUUCAUAAAACCCAAAUUUUGUAACUCUUUAUUAUAAUUAUUUUUAUAUGUUGUUGUAGACAUCGUGUUAUUAUAAGGUUUUUUUUUGGAUCAAAUAACUAUAUUUUCAAUCAUAAAAGGUCGGUCGUAUACAAGGGUUAUACCAAAAGGUAAAUAAUCUGCAAUAAUAAAUGAUUCUCUACAAACUUUCACCAAUCUCCGAUGCAACUUGGAGUUAUGGUUAGGGUUUAGCUUUAAAAAAAAAAAAAAGAUAAAAGUACCCCCUCAAAUUACCUAAAGUUUCUGUUGGUGUUUGUCCUAACUUUCUUACCAUAAUUGGGUUUUCCUUCAAGUAUCAUAAUUGGGUUUCCUUUUAGGAAAAGGAAAAUAUAUUCACCAUAUUUGGCUAAUCCUUAUUCUUGUAGGAAAAAGGUAUAGACUCUAUAAAUAGAGGCUCCUUUCUUCUAGUUUUGUAGCAUCCACAAUGUAGUCCUAGGGGUUUGAGAGUUUCGUUUGGGGAAGACUUUGUGAGACACAAAUGUUGCAGUAUCACUUGUGUGAACCUCUUUUUAUUCUAAGUGAAUUGUGUGGACCGUCUUUCUUGACAGUUUGUACUCUCUUUUAUAUAGUGGAUUGUUUAUCUCCUUUUAUGGAUGUAAGUCGAUUGACCGAACCACGUUAAAUUAUUAUGUCUCUUUUGGUGUAUUUCUCAUUUAUCUUGUUAUUCGUGGUCUUAUCAUUCAUCAUAAAUACCUACGAUUUUAAAGAAUCCAGGAAUCCAACUCAAAUAUUUAUCUAACACCUCAUCAUUAUUAUUCUGAUACAAGAUCAGAGAUAAUUACCUAUUCAAAUCAUUGCAACGGCCUUGUUUGUGUUAAGAACUAUGAAGCUACUAAAGUUUACUUAUACAAUGUCGCUACAAGGAGAUAAAAGUCUUUCCAUCCUUUCUUAGAUAUCAAGACAAAUGGGGUCCUAAUUGUUUCCGGAUUUAAUCUAGUUAUAGAAAAAUACAAAUUGUUUCAUUACAAAUAUCGUCAAAUGAUCAAGAUUCUAACUCUAGAAACCAACUCUUGGAGAGAAAUAAUCCGCGAAAAGUCUUCUCCCAUAUUUUUUCCUAGGGAUGUAUUUUCCUCUAUGAGACACUUUAUUGAACUGAUCUAUUCCAUUCUAUCAACUACUUCAACAUCAGAGAGGAGAAGUUUAGGAUUGUUCAACCAUGAAAAUUUUUCCUCUCGAUAAGUUAAAAGAGGCACUACUAGAAACAGAGGUUUUCACUAUAGAGCAAAUCAGAGGGAAUUUGUGUUAUAAUUUUCCCAUCCAGUUCCCACUAAACUGUCGCACAUUGGGAAAAUGUGUAGAGGGGACGCUGGGAAGCUUCCUAAUUUUUUCCUUGUAAAAAUACUAUUAUUUUUUCUUUUCCCACUAAUUCAAUAAAAGUAUAUGUGGGAAUAGGCACUGAACAGUUUUAGUGGAAAAUUCAAUGGUAAAAUAGUGAUUUUUUUGAUAGUGCGGUAGGGACAAGGUAUGCGUACACUCUAUCCUUCCAGACUCCACUUGUGAGAAUACAUGGGAUAUGGUGUUGUUUGUAAGUUGAAGAGACAAUGCAAACUGCAUGGUGGGGAAAUAUGGUUUUUUCCUUCUGAGGCUAUGAAAAGCCGGUAUUCUAUGAUGUUGUUAGCAAAAUUUUCAUGAAAUUUAACUCUAGUCCCACUCUGGGGAAGGGUGCCUUUCUUGAAGCUAAAAGUAUUGACAAGACAAAGUUUGCAGAUGUUUUAGCAACUGUGAUUCUUAUUAGUGUCCCAGCUUCUUUGGCUUUCCCCAGUGAUUUUCUGGUUAAGUCAUGCUAGCAAACUUGUUAGAGAACAUUACUUUGUUAGCAAUUAUUGAAGUUCAGUUUUAAAAUCAAACAAGAACUAUCGACCGUUAAGUUUCUAGUUUUGAAUUAAACAUUGCAAUGUAUGUCUACUAAUUUCAACCAACUUAGAUUCUACAUUUACAUACAUUAGAUUAAAUUCCUAAAGUUACUAGCAUAGCGAGCAAGAUACAUGGCUUAAAACAAGAAAUUUGUAUUAUAGUAUAGCAACAUGCGCUUCUAAAUAUAAAUUUAACUUCUAACUUGAAACAUGUAGAAUCUAUUUGUAACUACAAACUAGGAAGAUGAUAGAAGAAAGCAUUGCUAGAACAUACAAUAAAUAUUUGAAUGAGAUAAAAACUACAUGGCUAUACACUAUACACUCAACUGAUGAUGCAAACUUGAAUUGAUUAGACUUGGUAUUGUCAUGCUAUAGUUGUAUCUAUUUCUUCAGCCUCUUUUGAGCUUUGCUUCAACUCUUCAUCAUUGUUUGUAUCCUGAAAUUCCUCCAUAAAUUGAUCGGCAGCGGGUGGAGUAUUUUCUGUAUCCUGGAGUGAAAUGUGUUGUGUUCAGGCAUUUUAAACAAAUCUAACAAUAGUUAAAAAUUCUACAGAUGAAGUUGUAAUGAAAUAAAUGCAUCAUUGAGUAUGUAUAGAGAGCCCAUUGCAACACAAAAAUGAUAAGAAAACCAGAGAACAUGCAAAUGGAGAUCAGUUGUUCAUCAACAGAACUUACGUCAGUGAAGAACAAGUGCAUUUGCAAUGGUCCCAAGUGGUAGGUUGCCUAGCUUCUCCUUUCAUACCUGCAGUAGUAGUAUAACUCUUGUAGUUCUUGCCCUACGAUUUCUAUUACUAUAUGUUGUUUCAUGAACUUAAACUAGCCAACUGUUCUAUUGUACUUACAAUGUUUCUUUUUCAAGCCGAGGGUCUCUCGGAAACAGCCUCUCUACCUCUCAAGGUAGGAGUAUGGUUCGCGUACACUCUACCCUCCUCAGACCCCACUUGUAGUGUUACAUUGAGUACGUUGUUGUUGCUGCUGUUGCAGCUCUUUCCAAUUCAGAAUCUACUGCUUAGAGUUGCUUGAAAACCAUAUCCCCACUCUCUUGCACCAAUGUCCAUGUCCUUAAAUGAUCUCCAAAGUUAUUUCUGUAAAGGGAGUAUGGAGCCCCUAUUGAUUGGUUAACACAAGAUUUUAUUUCUUUCCCUUUGUCACAUUCCUUUUCCCAUUGUUGAGGAUCAUGUAUGCGCAUGGGAUGUGGAGGGGAUUGCACCUGUACAAAAUAUUCAAAGAAACCAUUUCUAGAACCUCAUUGGAAUUUAGCCAAGAUUCAACCAAGCGUAACUACUAUGGCCAGGUGAGCUGAGAGGAAGAUACUAGAAAUUGAAUGAAGAAUAUAUAUCAGAUGACUUAUAAGUUAUAAGAAGUGCUCCCAUGCUGAGAUCCUUUGACUACGUAGGCAAUAUAAGAUCUGUCUGUUUAAAAAUAUCCCUCUUCUUGCAAAGCUUUCGUUUUCGCAUAGGGAAUAUUAUGUGGGAGCUGGAAAAUGUAAUAUCUCUAAGCUUUUUGAGUCUUUCUCUGCGCUCGAGCACCUCCACUUGAAUGACAUGGUAAAUGUUGCUUCAUGCCGUCAAUGUAAUUAAUGCAUUUUCAAUCACAAAACACCUUUUGGGCUUUGAGUCAUUUUGAUUUUUGGUAUUUUCUUCCUAGUCUUUUGCUGCAGGAGCUGGUGAAGUACCAAUGAAGCUUUCCUACGAUCUUUAUUGUGUCAAACAUCUCAGCAUAUCGAGUAUAUAUCUGUCUGACUCGGAUGAGGUUUCAUGUGCUCUUUGUUAGAUAAGAAGCUUCCCGAAUUUACAAUCUAUGGAAAUUAAAGUUCUCUUUUCUCUCGUUUUAUACAUCUCUCUAACUUGACUUCUUAUCUCCUUGCUUCUUAAAUCAUCAAUAAACACAGAAAGUGAGUUUCGGUUCAUUUUUCCUUAGGUGGAGUCCGAUGACAAUGAUAUACCUGCUCUUGAAUCUCUUCAAGUGGGACGCUUCUCAGAUGUGACAUUUAUUCACCUCAGGGAAGUUAAGCUAAUGCAAACUAAUGGCACAAUCCCUGGAUUACAGCUUAUGAAGCUUCCGUUCGCCAAGUCUCCCAAGAUGAUGAGAAUGCUAAUCGAGCCAUGUCUAGUUGAAGAAUCUGCAACAAUCAAAAUCCUCGCUGAGCUAAUAAAAUUUGAGCGGGCAUCACCCAAUGCAGAAGUUGAAUACAAGUUGGAUAAGCAUUCAAAUCCCCGUCGUGUUUGAUUUGCACUUUCACAAGUCCUUCAUCAAGCCAUGAUCCCUUUGCACAAAUGUUUUGGAAGUUGAUGUGAAUUGACAGAACCAAAUGUUGAUGCAGUAGUAUCACUUGAGUUUUUGCCUAAUUGCCAUCAGUUUUGGGAUAUAAACUAAUGUGGAUAUAUUGUCUUCAACUUUGUUAUUAUAGUGCUUACUGCUUGUGCUUUUA